AUGUUCUCUGCCCUGAACCUUCGUCUGACAGGACCUCGGUCUGUUCAGGCGACUCGUUCCUUCAAACUCAAAAGAAAGGCAGACUACCUUCGUGUCCCAGUUGACCUCCCUCCAAAAGAUCCCAAGUCCCAUGAUGGUCCAUUGAAACGCCAGUUAAAGGCUUUCCUUGGUCCUAGAAACAUCAGGGGCGAAUACUACACAAACAAAUACUGCUAUCCUCCUCAAAACCACCAGCCUCGGUACAUCGAUGAGAGAAAUUCUCCCAGGGUGACGCCGGGCGCUGCUGAGUACACCAGACAAGCAUCGAGAGAUCUUUCCAAACAGCCAUUCCCAGCUAACCAAUAUACACAAACAGCACAGGUGAUUCUGGAAGACUUGAAGGCAGAGAUUUUCUCCCAGGUGGUGGAAAAGGGCUCGAACGCCCAGGAGGUGGCCCAGAGGUACGGCAUUCGUCUUCCUCGUGUGGAGGCGCUUGUCAAGCUACAGCAUAUUGAAAGACAGUGGAAGAAUGAGAACAAAAUCACUAAGGACCUAGACAAGUUCUCGAAAGUCAUGUACAAAAUGUUCCCAUUGUUCUACAAGCCAAAGCACAAGGACAAUUUGACUGAAAUUCCAACUCCUGCUAAGACCUUGCACCAGAGAUUCGUCACCAUUUCGGAAUCUGAGCCUUUCGGUCCCGUAGACGCCGCCAAGAUCUUUGGUCUUGAACCUGCCCAGCAGACUCUUGACUCCUUGUCUGAAAUCACGGAAGAGAACGAUUCCAGAGUGAGAGAUAAUGAGGUUGUGGUUGGUCUUCAGAAGGAUGGUGAUGACACUCAGUUCAGAUUCACCAAGGCAACUGCCGGCAAUGUCGGGUACAGAUACGGUGCUUCCAGAAGAGAUAAAAAGAGAGACAGAGCCGUGGGCUUCGACAGACUUGGCCGUAUGGUGUACACUGUAUAA